GGUGCCAUAACGAAGAUGAUAAGCUCGUCCGCUUUUCACAAGCACAGGAAUCGAGUUCGCGUCCACCGUCAGUCUACGUCGCGCCUCGCACCAUCUUGUUGUUCGGGUUCCGGUCCCGCGGACCAUCUACGUGUGUACUCGUGAAGGACAAACCGUAGUCGAGACGAUGUUUUCGUCAUCAAGUAAAUAGUAAAUUCUAGAGCAAAUUCAUAUCAAAAAGAUUUUUUCUGCACCAACAGUUGAACUACGUUCUAUAACCAGUCACCGUGAAAAUGGAUUUUCAUACUAUACUUUAUCAGGCGCAGAAAAAUAACACCAGGGACAAUGAAGUUAAAUAUUUUAAAGCUUCAUUGGAUCCACCAAAAAAAGUUACAAAAGAAAGUAGACAGUUAUCUGAGAGCAUUAAAAAAUUCUUAGCUAAAAAAGAAGAAGAAGAUCGACAAAAACAAUUGGAAGAACAAAAAAAAAAAGAUGAAUUGAUAUCAUUGAGAAGUCAAGAUCGAAAAUCAUUUAAACGUGUACAGUCUAUGUUAAAUCGAACAAAAUCAGCAAAUAAAUCAGUUAUUGAGGAUGCUAAAGAUGAUGUCAAUACAUCUGUUACCAUGGCAGGAUUUCAUCAACCAGAUGAAGAUGACUAUGGAUAUGUUUCAAAAGAUGCCAUGGAUAUUUAUAAUAAUAUCAUAAAUAAAUAUGUUAAUACUCCUGCUGAUUCAAGAAGUUCGAAAACAGUAAAUCACAAAAGUCAUGAUAUUUCUGGAACUAAAGAUCGUGUAAAAGCAGCACUGUUGAAAGAAGAAGAAGAUCAAUUAUUACCACAUAAGCGGAAAAGAAAACCUAAAGAAUUAGAAAAUAUGGAGGAUAAUCAAGUAGAUCCAGAGCCACAACAAAAAAAUUUGAAAAGUGAUACAGAUAAAAUUAAAAAACGUCCUAUGCAACCACCUCCAUUGAAUUUCCAGGAAUUACUUAAAAUUGCUGAAAAAAAGCAACAUGAACCUAUUAUUAUUGAAAAACCUAAGAAAGAAGAAUCUUUACCCAUGAUGACUAAAAAAGAAAGAGAAAAAUAUUUAGAAGAAAAAAGAAUUGAAACAAUGAGAAAUGCUCGGCGACAAGGUAAAAUUGCACCUUCUACUGAAAAUCCAAAAGAAGUUAGACCAAUUGAAAAGGUACACAAACCAAUUGCAUCUUCUUCAAAAGUUGAUUUAAAUGCUGAAAAUAAAUUAAAAAAAAAUGCUUCUGUAUGGACCAAAGAUUUAAAAAUUCAUAAAGAGCUCAAUAAUAAUAGUAAAAAUGAUAAAUAUGUACCUAGAUCAUUAAAUAACUCAGAAAGUGUUGGAUUUAAAUCUAAUAGUGGAAAUAAAAGCAUACCUAAAACCACUUUGGAAAGUAAUUCUUACAAUGACAAAAAAUAUAGUUCUAAUGAUGAGCGUUAUUCACCUAAACCAAAAUCAAUAAAUGAUAAGUAUAUACCUAAACCAAAACAUACAAUUCAAGAAAAAUAUUUACCAAAAUCUAAAGGCAUCUCAAACCGUGAUCAAUAUGUGCCAAAAUCAAGUAACGAUUCUUAUGAAAAGUAUUCACCUAAACCUAAGAAUUUUUCCCAUGAUAAAUAUUCAUCAAAACCAACUUCUACUGAAAAAUAUGAACCUAGAGCGAAAAUCUUGACUAAUGAAAAAUAUCUGUCUAAACUUAAAAGUCAAUCUGAAUUAUAUUCACCUAAAGCUAGAAAUGAACCUGAAAAAUAUGUGCCCAAGGGAAAGAGCUCAUCUUCCACUGAGCUAUAUACACCCAGUGCGGUCAAACGAUCAGUUGAUAGAUACAGUCCAAAACCAACGUCAUCUCAAAGCUUAAAAUCAAAAUCUAUCAGUUCAAAAGAUAAAUAUGUCCCAACUCCUGUAAAUAAAUCUAAAAAUGUACCACCCAACAAUAAUGUUAAGCCUAAACAAUUUCCGCCUAAAGACAUAGUGCCCAAACAAUUUCCUCCUAAAGAUAUGGUGCCUAAACAUUUCCCCCCUAGAGACAUGGUACCUAAACAAUUCCCGCCUAGAGAUUUGGUACCUAAACAGUUUCCACCCCCUGAUAUGAGAAGACGAGAUGAUCGAAAUAUGCCCAUGCGGAAUAAACGUAGAGUUAUUGAAUCUGAUUCAGAUGAGUAUGAUUCAGAAUUAGAUGACUUUAUUGAUGAUGGUCCCGAAGAAGGAGCAGAAGAUUACUCAAAAGUUAUUUCUGAAAUUUUUAAAUACGACAAAUCAAAAUACAGAGGAAUAGAUGAAGAUGAUGAAUGUAUGGAAUCUGACUUCCGUACUCUUCAAAAAGAAGAAUAUCGAAGUUCUCGAGCUGGACUUCUUGAAGAUUUAGCAGACAUUCGUAGAGAAAAAGCCAUGAUGAAACGACGAAAAAGGAAUUAAAAUGUUUAAUUGUAUUAGAAUAUUUUAAUUGUAUAAGUAAGAUGUUUACUUAUAUUUAAAAAUGUGUUACCUUAAUCUAUAUAAUCUUGAAUUUUUAAGAUUCUUUAUAACUUUACAUUCAUAAAGAUACCUAAUUUUGUUAAAUCUAAUAAAAAAAAUUAAAUAAAAUUUUUUGAUAUAUUUA